AUGCAUGCCAUUUCCCUCACCUACCUUACUUUCUUUCUUCCUGUUCCAAUCGCCGUCUUCUAUGCGCUCUCCCUUGCCGGGUGUACUUCGACAUCUCCUGCCCUCCCGUCGAUUUAUCUUGCGAGUGUCGACACGUCAUCCGGUCUUACGGUCCGCAUUGGCUACUUUGGUGCCUGUGUGCUACUCAACAGUACUCUUUCCUGUGUUACCACACCAUAUGGAACCUCUCCGGCGGAUGCAGGUACUGCUCUUGGGCUUCCGGCGAGUCAGCCGUUGGCGCAAGGCGAAGAGACUAGGCAGCAAGAUUCCCCUCUGCAAAUUGCCUUCGACCUACAGAGGAAGAUAUUUCUCAGUCUCAUUGCAGAAGCGGCGGCCCUGUUCGGCUUUAGCCUCCUCCUCCUCCUGCUCAGUCUUUAUGUCGCGAAGAAAAGCGGUGCUGCCACCGAAAACACUUUUGGCAGCCGCUUUCUACACCGUUCCCCAACCAUAUUCCUCAAUAUUUCCACUGGGCUUGCCCUCGUCGUGGCAGUCUCAAUCACACAAACGGGCAACGCCUUGGAAUAUCAGGAGUUCAAGUUCACCCAAAUGCACUUGCGCGUAAGCCAGUUCCAGCUCAGCAGAUUCCAAUGA